GUUUGGGAGAAGGUUGGGCAGUCGCAGCUGGCCGCCGUUAUACUUGUGCAGUGCGGGCAGGUGGACGGCUCCGUCGUGGACGGAAUGAAGAGGGGCAGUGUGAUGUUCCGGCAGAUUUGGGACCCGUUUUGGCUGUUGCAGCUGGCCACCGUCAUACUUGUGCAGUGCAGGCAGAUGGUCGGCUCGUCUGUUUUGGGCGGAACGAAGAUGGGCAGUGUGAUGUUCCAGCAGAUUUGGGACCCGUUUUGGCAGUCGAAGCUGGCCACUAUCAUACUUGUGCAGUGCGGGCAGAUGGUCGGCUCGUCUGUUUUGGGCGGAAUGAAAAGGGGCAAUGUGAUGUCCCAGCAGAUUUGGGACCCGUUUUUGCCUUUUCAGCAGGCGGCUAUCAUACUUGUGCAGUGCGGGCAGAUGGUCGGCUCGUCUGUUUUGGGUGGAACGAAGAUGGGCAGUGUGAUGUUCCAGCAGAUUUGGGACCCGUUUUGGCAGUCACAGGUGGCUACUAUCAUACUUGUGCAGUGCGGGCAGUUGGUCGGCUCGUCUGUUUUGACUGUUCUGGACGGAAUGGGAAUGAAGAUGGGCAGUGUGAUGUUCCGGCAGAUUUGGGACCCGUUUUGGCUGUCGCAGCUGGCCACCGUCAUACUUGUGCAGUGCGGGCAGAUGGUCGGCUCGUCUGUUUUGGGGGGGACGACAAUGAUGUGCCAGCAGAUUUGGGACCCGUUUUGGCAGUCGCAGCAGGCGGCUAUCAUACUUGUGCAGUGCGGGCAGAUGGUCGGCUCGUCUGUUUUGGGCGGAAUGAAUAUGGGCAAUGUGAUGUCCCAGCAGAUUUGGGACCCGUUUUGGCUGUCGCAGCUGGCCACAGUCAUACUUGUGCAGUGCGGGCAGAUGGUCGGCUCGUCUGUUUUGGAUGAUUAUGGGCAGUGUAAUGCGGACAACCGCUGA